UGCUGCUAAGUGCAGUGGCUGCAUGGAAAAGAUCGCCCCGACAGAGUUCGUGAUGAGAGCCCUGGAGUGUGUUUACCACUUAAGCUGCUUCUGCUGCUGCGUUUGUGAACGACAGCUGAGGAAAGGGGACGAGUUUGUUCUUAAGGAAGGGCAGUUGCUCUGCAAAAGUGACUAUGAAAAAGAGAAAGACUUGUUGAGCUCAGUCAGCCCAGACGACUCAGACUCAGUUAAAAGCGAUGAUGAAGAUGGAGAUGUUAAGCCCACCAAAGGACAAGUAACCCAAGGAAAAGGAAGUGAUGACGGGAAGGACCCGAGAAGACCUAAACGACCAAGGACAAUACUUACUACGCAGCAGAGACGAGCAUUCAAAGCAUCCUUUGAAGUGUCUUCCAAGCCCUGUAGGAAGGUCAGAGAAACACUAGCAGCUGAAACAGGACUCAGUGUGCGAGUUGUCCAGGUCUGGUUUCAAAACCAAAGAGCAAAGAUGAAAAAACUAGCACGAAGGCAUCAGCAGCAGCAGGAGCAACAAAACUCGCAGCGACUAGGGCAAGAAGUAAUGUCCAACCGAAUGGAAGGGAUGAUGACAUCUUACACGCCACUUGCACCACCACAGCAGCAGAUUGUAGCAAUGGAUCAAAGCAGUUAUGGCACAGACCCGUUUCAGCAGGGUCUUACCCCUCCACAAAUGCCAGGCGACCACAUGAACCCUUAUGGAAACGACUCCAUUUUUCAUGAUAUCGACAGUGAUACCUCUUUAACUAGCUUGAGCGACUGUUUUCUUGCCUCUUCCGAAGUUAACUCCAUGCAGGCUAGAGUAGGAAACCCCAUUGACAGGCUGUACUCUAUGCAGAGCUCGUAUUUUGCCUCAUGAAAAUAAAAGAAAACAAACAGCCGGCGUAUAUUUAGCCAGUGACUUUUUCCAGUGCAGACUCUACAGCCAUAUGUUGUCCAGCUCUUCCUUCACAGAGACUCCUGCUGCCUCUGGACUGCAAAGAGCAUUUUUAGGAAGACUGUAUCUGUGUGCAUAUAUGUGUAUGUAUGUAUAUAUAUAUUAAUGCCUACCUACAUACAUACAUACAUAUAUAAACAAAACGCAUCCACCAGUCCCAUACCCCUGAUUCCCAGCUUGCACCAGACCACGAGACAAGCACGGAAGGAACAGAAGACCCUGCUCGUCAGCAACCUUUGGUUUGGUUUGGUUUGAGCUCAUCGUUGUAAAGGAAAUGGAAUUUGCGGAAAGCUAGACCUUUUCCUCCUUUCUCU